AUGUCUUCUUCUUCAUCCACCUCCAUGAACCGGUACUGGAUACCCAGCUGGGGCAUCCACAAGAAGGUCAUAACCCAACAACUGCCAUAUCACCUCGGCCCUCAAGCGACGGGAGAAGACGGUUUUCUCAUUGCGACCCUCGGAAAUUGCCUUUCAGAUGAGCAAAUAGACGAUCUCUGUCGCAAGUCGACCGACUACUGGGACCGGAAGGAAGCUGCGCGGAGCCAGCAGGACCCAGAAGGAGGCCUGAAGAGACCGGCUCAUCAGCCAGUGCCUAUCAUAUCGGGCACAUCUGGCACACCAAGGAAGAAACGGCCAUUGCAGGUGUAG